CCUUCUCUUCUAUGCUUUCACCUUCCUUAUAUGAACCCACCUACCGGAAAAGAAAAGAAAAGAAAAAAAAAAAAAAAAAGGAAAACUGAAGAUUUUAACAUGGCUACUUCAACAUUAUUAAUGCAAAUGCAAUUACUUGUGUCUUUAAUGAUGGUCAACUCUGCAUUGUCUGGUAAUUUUUACCAAGAAUUUGAUAUGUUAUGGGGAAAUGGGAAAGCUAACAUACUCAACAAUGGAGAGUUAGUUACUCUGUCUCUUGAUAAGGAUUCUGGGUCGGGUUUUCAGUCAAAGCAAGAAUAUCUAUUUGGGAAAGUGAAUAUGCAACUCAAGCUCGUCUCUGGCAAUUCUGCUGGAACUGUCACUUCUUACUAUCUUUCCUCAAAAGGGUCUUCAUGGGAUGAGAUAGAUUUUGAGUUCUUGGGAAAUCUAAGUGGUGAUCCUUACACUGUUCAUACUAAUGUAAUCACUCAAGGCAAACGCGACAGAGAGCAACAAUUUCAUCUCUGGUUCGAUCCAACUGUGGAUUUCCAUACCUAUUCCAUUCUCUGGAAUCCUCUCGCAAUUGUCUUCCUCAUUGAUGGGACACCCAUAAGACAAUUCAAGAACUUGAAAUCUAAGGGCAUUCAAUUCCCAAACAACCAACCGAUGAGGCAGUACUCCAGUCUGUGGAAUGCUGAUGAUUGGGCUACAAGAGGGGGGGUCAUCAAAACAGAUUGGAGAUAUGCUCCUUUCACUGCAUCUUUCAGGAAUUUCAGUGGACAAGUCUGUGUAUGGUCCAAUGGUGUGUCUUCUUGCAAUAAUCUAAAGUCUCCAUCUUCAAGGCCCUCAAGUUAUAAAUGGCUUAAAGAGGAACUUCAACCAACAAGUCUGCAGAGGCUAAGGUGGGUCCGAAAUAACUACAUGAUAUAUAAUUAUUGUACAGACACCAAGCGUUUUCCACAAGGGUUACCUCCUGAAUGUGCCUUUGAGAUAUAAAUAAUAUAAUAAGCUCCAAAAUUUUCUAUAUAUUAUUAUAUAAAUCUAGCUUUCA